CACAAUUACAUCAAGAACGACCCUGAUGUUGAAGAAUCACCUGGUACUACAUAAUAUCUGAGAUCUGAACUUUAUUAUUUUUUUAAUUUAAAUAUGAUGUGGGUAAGUUUUAUGGUUUUAUUGGCUUGAUUUAUUUGAGAGUGAGGAGUACAUGUGGUAUGAGGCAAGUGGUAUGAGGCUGAUUGUUUAAUUUAUAUAAUUUUGUUUUGUCAUUCUCAUUUAAAUGUUUUUUUUAAGCUAACAAUUAUUAAGCCUACAGUCUUGUAAUUUAAAUUAUUUAAUUCAUUGUUUGUCUUUGAUAUUUAUUGAUGUAUUCACAGCAGAGAGAUGCUGAUAUGAUACUCCUCUACUUUAUGCUUCUGUCACCCCUGUUGACUACACCAAGUAAAUCAGUCCAGCCAUCCUUAUCUCCUUUGAACUGCCUUUCACGCAUGUCCAAUAAACCAGUCUGCAAUUCCAAAUGUUGUAAAGUAAAUUACAUAAAGGAAGAGAAAAAUCUCAUCAAUCAGCAUAUCAAAUCCCAGUUUACUGGGUCUUUCAUUACCUGUGACUAUGGGAAUUUAAAAAUGACUCUAGUUAAGUUUAAUAUGAUGAAAACCACAGAUGACCAGCAUGUAAAGAUUUCUGCGCCAAAGCUGUCUGAUGAUGAUCCACCAAUAGAGGUAUUUGUCCCGAUUGAGGCAUUCCUGAAUGUCUCAAAGGAGCAGGCAAAAAUUGGGGUGGUGUCAUAUAUCUCUUCUCAACAUUAUAUAGAUGACUCGAGCACUGUGUUGAUGUCCAAAGUCAUACGUGUUGAAGCUCUUGGACGUGAACUUAAGGACUUGUCCAAUCGACUUGUUAUCCAUUUUCCAGUAAACAGAAGUAAAACAAUAUCUGAAACCCAGACCCUGUCGUGUCAGUUCUAUAAUGAAACAGAGAAGAAUUGGGAUGACAGAGGUUCUUUCACCAGCCUGGAAAUCUUUUACAGCAACAACACUGUAAUCUGCUCAUAUGAUCAUAUGACCCCAUUUGCUGUACUUCUGGUUGACAUGAAACAAAUUGAUCCUCAGCAGUGGAAAAUCCUGUCCUAUCUUACCUACAUAGGUUGCAGUCUUUCAUCAUUUAUCUCAGCAGUCACCAUCUUCCUCUACGUUUUUAUGAAGGUAUCAAACAGAGACAGUUCCAUGGGUAUCCAUGUAUCUUUGUGCUUAGCUGUUUUCCUAUUAAACACCAGCUUCUUGUUCAUUGAAUGGGGAGCGACAUGGUCUCAAAAUAGUGCAUGUGUCAUAAUAGCAGUAAUAAUACAGUACAGUCUCCUGGCCUGUUUCUCCUGGAUGGCGAUUGAAGCUUUACACUUGUACUUGCUUCUAAUCAAAGUGUUCAACAUCUACAUCAAGCACUACCUUCUCAAGCUGUCACUCAUUGGAUGGGGCGUGCCAGCUGUCCUUGUUGGAGGCAGCCUGUGUGUGUUUGGCAGUACGCCUUUUUAUGGCCGGAAAGAGCUAAUUUUAUCGGACACAAAUGGAACAACGCACUUGUAACGCACAUUUAUAACACCUUGCUUGUUGCAUAUAAUAUACUUUAUACAUUACUUGGUGAAAAGCCAGUCAACAUGUACAUGGCACUAUUACAAUAAAAGUGCUGUCUGAUCUUAAAUCUUUUUAACAUUUUUGCU